CCAAAUAAACAAGGAAAAACGUAAGGUUCUUUUUAUUUUCUAAAUCUUUAAGAAAAAGAUGUCGCUAGCUAUCGCAGAUGUAUACACGGUGAGGAAGUUUCACAGAGAGAGUAUGAAGAAGCCUACCAAACCUGCGGUGGUUACCGGCGAGGGAGAUGAAAAGAUAGCCGGAGGAGGGCUUCGGGAGGUCAUGAAAACGCCGGUGAAACAGAGUGGGUCUAGAAGAUUCGGACGGUGGUUUGUUGGAAAGCCAGGAGUGAAGAAAAGUUCUGCUAAAGUUUCUGAUCCCAUGGCGAUUGAGUGAUAAAGAAGAAGAAGAAAACGUUCUCUUAUUUUCUUUUACUUUUUUUUUUGUGUCUUUUUAAGUUUCUUCUCUUUCAUUUUACCGUGUGAUUGUAAUUUUAUAAAUAGUUGGUCAAAGUUGUAAAUUAUGAAGUUAAAAUAUGAGCAAAAAAACAUAUAUGUAGAGUGGGGCUUUUGGAAAAACUUUACUGAAUUUCCCUUAAUACAAUAGCUAUUUAAUGAA